AUGGUUCAGUCGUUUACUCAACUUGUUGUCCUGAGUAGUGCGGUUGUAUUUAUUUUUAUUGUAUAUAGCGUUUCAAAUAAAUCAUUCGACUCUUCAUUGUUUGUAUCUGGUCUUGUAAAUAUCUGUCGUUUUCAACCAUUAAAGUUAGAAUCAGCAACGUCAAUUAUUCGUCGAGUGAUUAAUAAUUCAUCUGAUGAUAACGAAUUUUUUAUAUUUUCGGAUGAAUCUCCUUUUGUUCGUAAAUAUCUCGAUGUUGUUCGCGAUACUGUUUGUGGGUUAACUCUCCGCACUCAGGAUCGUACUGUAGGAGGUACCAUUAAUAAUACAAGUCCAUUGAAUAUCGAAAGACGACUGAAAGGUGAGGAUUGGCCAUUAAUUGGUAUUACCAUGAUUGGACAAAAACGACUGACCAAUAUAGAAUGGGCGUUAAGACGCGUUAUUGCUAAAGAUGUUCCAGGUGACUUUAUCGAAUGUGGUGUAUGGAGAGGUGGUAGUUCAAUUUUUGCUAGUGCUGUACUUAAAGCAUUGAAAAUUAAUGAUCGGCAUGUAUGGCUGGCUGACUCAUUUCAAGGAUUACCAAAAGCAAGAACAAAAAACGACAAUGAUGAAUGGUCUAAAUUAGAAUAUCUGAAGGUUUCACUUGAAGAAGUACAAACUAAUUUUCGUUCAUUUGAUUUGCUGGAUGAUAACGUUCAUUUUUGCAAAGGAUACUUUGUUGAUUCACUCCCACGAUGUAACAUUUCACAGAUAGCAGUUCUUCGAAUGGAUGGUGAUAUGUACGAAUCAACUAUGGAUCAAUUAUUUAAUUUAUAUGCUAAAUUACAAUUUGAUGGUGUUAUUAUCGUUGAUGAUUAUACUGUUGGAGAGUGUCAUCGAGCUGUACAUGACUUUCGUAGUUGGCACAAUAUAACAGAAGACAUUACUAUGAUUCCUGAAGAGUCAGCAGGCCGUUAUUGGAUAAAGAAAAAGAUGAUUAAAGUGAAAAUGGAUCGAUAUAAACCACUUCUAGUCUCAUCAAUGAAAUAUACUCGCUGA